AGUACAGCUGAAAUCAAUAUGUUUAAUGAAUAAACAUAGCGUGAUUAAUUAGAGAAGUUAGUGAGAAAUACGUACUAACAUCAAUUUUUCCGAAAUUAAACAAUUUUUAACGUGUAAUUACAUCCUUGAAGAUGAGUAAAAUGUACUCGACUGCUAACCUCACGGAUAAAGAGCUAAAGGAGCAAGGAAACCAUUUGUUCAACCUUCACAAAUAUGAGGAUGCUGCUAAUUGCUACACAAAAGCCAUUAUCAAGAAUCCAAGUCAGGCCCUGUACUUCACUAAUCGAGCUUUAUCAUAUUUAAAACUCAAACGAUGGGAAUCAUCAUGUCAAGACUGUCGGCGUGCCUUGGAUCUUGAUCCAUGUCUUGUGAAAGGUCAUUUUUUCCUUGGUUUAGCUCUCCUGGGAAUGGAGUUGCAUGAUGAAGCCAUCAAACAUCUUCAGAGAGCUGUGGAUUUAGCCAAGGAACAAAAAUUAAAUUAUGGAGAUGACAUGACAAGUGUCUUAAGACAGGCUAGAAAAAAGCGUUUCCAGAUUAAAGAAGAACAGCGUAUAAGUCAAGAGAUUGAACUACAAAGUUACUUGAAUCGAUUGAUUGUUCAGGAUGCAGAAAAAAGUUUAGCAGAGCUUAAAGAACGUGAAUGUUCUAGUGAUAAUAAUAAGAAAGAUGGAGAUGGAGAGUGCAUAACAGAUUCCAAAAUUACUUUACUCAGACAAGAAAUUGAAGAGAAAAAAGAUACAUCUCUUGCACAAUUGAAUGAUAUGUUUGCCAAGGUUGAUGAUAAUAGAAGAAAAAGAGAAGUGCCAGACUACCUAUGCGGUAAAAUUAGUUUUGAAAUACUCCAAGAACCAGUUAUUACUCCAAGUGGUAUAACUUAUGAAAGGAAAGAUAUUGAAGAGCAUCUUCAACGAGUAGGUCACUUUGAUCCAGUAACUCGUGUUAGAUUAACGCAAGAUCAACUGAUACCAAACCUUGCGAUGAAAGAGGUUGUCGAUGUAUUCUUACAAGAGAACGAAUGGGCUCUUGAUUACUAAACCAUGCAGGCGACAAAAAGACUAAACAAUUACUAUAUGUUUGACAUGGUCAAUCUAGGUUUAUUUUUAUUUAGUCUCAAAAUAUGUAUGUAUAGUACGCUUAGACAUAAGGAAAAGAAA